CCAAAACAGAGCUUCAUCAGCUUUGCCACUCCACAAACAUCAACUUCCCAAAUGCAAAUUUAGAACCCUCAUCUUCAUCUUCACCGUACUCCCAAGAAGAAGAAGAAGAACAAAACAUAGAGAGCCAUGAGAAGAUCCACUCUCUGUUGCAUCCCCUUCUUCCUUUCCUUCGUCUGGUACGGUUCCACUCUGUCCAGUGCAUCCUCUGACCUCGAUGCUCUGCUCAAGCUCAAAGCUUCCCUCAAGAGACCAAACGCUUCACCUUCAGCCAUGGAGGAUUGGAAACCCUCUCCUUCUCCCUCUGCUCACUGUGGCUUCUCCGGAGUCUCCUGUGACGACUAUUCCCGGGUUGUCUCUUUGAAUGUUUCGUUCCAUCCUCUGUUUGGCUCUAUUCCGCCGGAGAUCGGUCUUCUGGACAAGCUGGUCAAUCUAACCCUUUCACAAGACAACCUAACUGGCGGUCUUCCCAAAGAGCUCGCCAAACUUACUUCUCUGCAAGUCCUCAAUGUCUCACACAACGCCUUGAACGGAGACUUCCCUAGCGAGAUCACACUCAACAUGCCGGAGCUUGAGAUUCUAGACGUUUAUGAUAACAGCUUCAACGGCUCGUUACCGGAGGAGGUUGUGAAACUGAAGAAACUGAAGCAGCUCUGGCUAGCCGGGAAUUACUUUUCGGGCGAGAUACCGGAGAGUUAUUCAGAGUUUGAGAGCUUGGAAAUUCUGCGGCUGAACAUGAACAACCUUGGAGGGAAAAUCCCGGCGAGUUUAGCGAAAUUGAAGAAGCUCAGGCAAUUGCAUUUGGGGUACAGUAAUGCCUACCAAGGAGGUAUUCCACCGGAGCUGGGCACGACGAGUUCGCUUGAACUAAUUGAUUUAUCGUACUGUAAUUUAUCCGGCGAGAUUCCACCGAGCUUGGGCAAUUUGAAGAAGGUGAAUAGUCUGUUUCUGCAGCAGAACAAUCUCACCGGAGAAAUCCCACCUGAACUCUCAGGCAUGAUUAGCCUCAUGUCGCUGGAUUUAUCCGCCAACAGCCUCACCGGAGAGAUACCCUCCAGUUUUUCGGAAUUAAGGAACCUAACUUUGAUCAAUCUGUACGAGAACAAGCUUCGUGGCUCUAUCCCAUCAUUCAUCGGCGACCUUCUUCAUUUGGAAGUUCUUCAAGUUUGGGAGAACGAUUUCUCGUUCAUCUUGCCGGAAAAUCUGGGCACGAACGGGAAAUUCAAGAUGCUUGACGUUGCCGGUAAUCAUUUCACCGGGAUGGUUCCGAAGGAUUUGUGUAAAGGAGGAAGGUUAGAGAUUUUCAUUCUCAUGAACAAUUCCUUCUACGGUCCAAUUCCUGAGCAGUUGGGUGAGUGUAAAUCUCUGAAGAAAGUUCGAAUUUCUAAUAAUUUCCUCAACGGUUCGAUUCCUUCUGGGUUUUUCAAUCUUCCUUCUGUGUCGAUGAUCGACCUCAGUAACAACAUGUUCUCCGGCGAGCUUCCGUCGGACAUGUCCGGCGAAGUUCUCGGGAUUUUGACGCUUUCGAAUAACUUAUUCACCGGAAAAAUCCCUCCGGCGAUCGGAAACCUCCGGAGCUUGCAGAGUCUCUUACUAGACAUGAACCAAUUCGUUGGUGAGAUUCCCGAGGAAAUGUUCAACCUGCCGAUGCUGACGAAGAUGAACAUGAGCUUCAACAACCUCACGGGUCCAAUUCCAGAUUCCAUAACUCACUGUGCUUCCUUAACGGCCGUGGAUCUCAGCCGGAACAAGCUCGCUGGAGAAAUCCCCAGAGGAAUCAAUAACAUAACAGUCCUAAGCAUUCUCAACCUCUCAUCGAACCACCUAACAGGUUCAAUUCCAGACGAAAUCCGUUACAUGGUGAGCCUGACCACACUCGAUCUCUCCAACAACAAUCUGGAAGGCAGAAUCCCCACCGGCGGCCAAUUCAGCGUCUUCUCAGGCGAGAGCUUCGCCGGGAACACCAAACUUUGCUUCCCACAAGAUCACUCCUGCAAACCCCACAAGCCUCUCAAAUCCAUCAAAAUCAUAGUCAUCACAAUCUCCCUCCUCACCACCAUCCUCGUCGUCCUCAUCACAAUCUACGCACUCAGAAAACGAAAGCACCACAAAUCCAUGACCUGGAAGCUCACCUUGUUCCAUCGUCUAAACUUCAAAGCCGACGACGUCCUCGAAUGCUUGAAGGAAGAGAACAUAAUCGGAAAAGGCGGGGCAGGGAUCGUGUACAGAGGGUCCACCAGAGAUGGCAACGACGUGGCCAUCAAGAGACUAGUGGGUCAGGGAAGGAGCGGCCGGAACGAUUACGGGUUCAAGGCGGAGAUAGAGACGUUAGGGAGGAUCAGACACAGAAACAUAGUGAGGCUGUUAGGGUACGUAUCGAACAAGGACACCAACUUGCUGGUUUAUGAGUAUAUGAGCAAUGGAAGCUUAGGGGAAUGGCUUCAUGGCGCGAAAGGAGGCCAUUUGCAGUGGGAAGCAAGAUACAAGAUCGCCGUCGAGGCGGCGAAGGGACUGUGUUAUCUUCAUCAUGAUUGCUCGCCGGGGAUCAUACACAGGGACGUGAAGUCGAAUAAUAUAUUGUUGGAUGCAUAUUUUGAAGCUCAUGUUGCAGAUUUUGGAUUGGCUAAGUUUCUUCUUGAUCCUGGAGCUUCUCAGUCUAUGUCCUCCAUUGCUGGUUCAUACGGCUACAUCGCUCCAGAGUACGCAUACACACUGAAAGUGGACGAGAAGAGCGACGUGUACAGCUUCGGAGUGGUGCUGCUGGAGCUGAUAGUGGGGAGGAAACCGGUGGGCGAGUUUGGCGACGGCGUCGACAUCGUUGGGUGGGUGAAGAACACGACGUCGGAGCUGGCUCCGUCGCCGUCGGACACGGCGAUGGUGAUGGCCGUUGUGGACCCGAGGCUCACUGGAUAUCCUCUCACAGGAGUGAUUCAUAUGUUCAAGAUAGCCAUGAUGUGCGUGGAAGAGAAAGGCACUUCCAGACCCACCAUGAGAGAAGUCGUUCAUAUGCUCACCAAUAUUAAUCCUCCUCCUCAGUCUCCUCCCAAUCUGAUUCACCUCUAAAAAUAUCAUAUAAGCUCUAUAAUUAAUAAAACCCUAUACUUUUAUAAAUCACCAGUUUUAGUUUUCAGUCCGAGAUUAUUGAGAAGAUCAUAUUUUCGGUUUUUCUCUGAUCUAUCUCACUUAUCAUCGUGUGCCACGUCAUCACGAGGUGUGACGUUUACGUGGCACGAUGAAAAUGGUGAAUUAAAUCUUCUUAGUAAAAUUAGACUGAAAAUUAUUGUCUUAUUUUGCAUGGAAUCCAUGCACAACCUAAGCUUUUGUUCGUGACUAGUGAAUAAACGCAGGGGAAAUUUUAAAGAAAAAAUGAAAUGUAAUCAUUAUGUGGAAGUAGAAGAUAUAUAAAUAUAUAUAUAUAUAUAUAUAUUGUCUUGUUGUUUCUUUCUUUUUUUUCUUUGUGAUGUGGUUGAAUUUUGGUGUAAUUAUAUAUGUAAGUUUGCUCAAGUCAAAAUCAAUCAAAAUAUGUAUAUAUAGAACUUAAGUGAGGAAUGGUUGAUUAUGUUUUUC